AUGGAGUUUGCUCCAACACGUUUCAAGACUGUGUGUGGAAUUGCUAGGGGGCUUCUCUAUCUUCAUCAAGAUUCAAGAUUAAGAAUUAUACAUAGAGAUCUUAAACCCAGUAACGCAUUACUUGAUAAUGAGAUGAACCCGAAAAUUUCAGAUUUUGGCAUGGCCAGAACUUUUGGAGGAGAUCAGACUGAAGGAAACACUAGAAGGGUGGUUGGAACAUAUGGUUAUAUGGCGCCAGAGUAUGGCAGUGAUGGGCUAUUUUCAGUUAAAUCUGAUGUUUUUAGCUUCGGUAUCCUAAUGUUAAAGACAACUACUGGAAAGAGAAGUCGUGGAUUUUAUCACACAGACCACAGCGUUAACCUUAUUGGAUAUGCAUGGAGAUUGUGGAAUGAAGGGAAUGUCUUGGAAUUGGUGGAAUCAUUUUUAAUGGAGUCUUGCAGUUUAUUAGAAGUUAAACGAUGCAUCCAUAUCAGCCUCUUAUGCGCAUGGAGAUUGUGGAAUGAAGGGAAUGUCUUGGAAUUGGUGGAAUCAUUUUUAAUGGAGUCUUGCAGUUUAUUAGAAGUUAAACGAUGCAUCCAUAUCAGCCUCUUAUGCGUUCAACAACAUGCAGAGGACAGGCCAAGCAUGGCAUCUGUGGUUUUAAUGUUAGGCAGCAAGAAUGAACUGCCUCAGCCCAAAAGACCUGGUUUUUUUAUAGAAUCACGUCCACUAGAAACACAAUCUCCCACGAGCAAUCCAGGAUCAUCUUCAGAAAAUGAAAUUAGCUUAUCAGCGUUGCAGGGUCGAUAA